AUGUUUCCCUUCGGGCCAGUUAGCCCCGGAGGGGACCGGAGGGCCGGAGCCGGGACUGAGGAGCCGGCAGCCCACGGGGAGCAGGCGGCAGCCGUCGGGCCGCUGCCUUCCCCGCUCGCGCCGCCACAGCCCGGGGCUGACGCAGCCCCUCCCCCGUCGCCCUCCUGGAGCCCUUGCUGCCCUGGCAGCCCGUCGCUGUCGCCGGCCGCGCGCGCCGGGGAGCUCGGGCAGCCCGGAGCUCUGGAGUCCUCUGCUGCUUCCGCCCAAGGAGAGCCGCCACAGCCCUCCCCGCCGCGCCGGCGACCCGGGCCGGACUGCAGGGCCGGGAGCCGGGGCCGGCACGGCCUCUGCGCCAGCCUGGGCGGCCCUGGUGCCCGGCUGUUUGGGUGGCUGAGGGAGCGCAGCCUGGGCCGCGGGCUGUUCGUGGACCCGGCGCGGGACAAUUUCCGCACCAUGACUAACCUCUAUGGUUCCAUCCAUCCCGCGGACUCGGUGUACCUCAGCACUCGCACCCACGGUGCCGUCUUCAACCUCGAGUACUCGCCCGACGGGUCAGUGCUGACAGUUGCUUGUGAACAGACUGAAGUUCUGCUUUUUGACCCCAUAUCAUCAAAGCACAUAAAAACACUCUCUGAAGCUCAUGAAGACUGUGUAAAUAAUAUCAGAUUUCUUGAUAACCGGCUGUUUGCUACCUGCUCUGAUGACACUACAAUAGCACUAUGGGAUCUGAGAAAAUUGAACACCAAAGUAUGCACUUUACAUGGGCACACUAGCUGGGUGAAGAACAUCGAAUAUGAUACUAAUACAAGACUCUUAGUAACAUCAGGAUUUGAUGGAAAUGUCAUUAUUUGGGACACCAACAGGUGUACAGAGGAUGGAUGUCCACAUAAGAAAUUUUUUCACACCCGUUUUCUCAUGCGAAUGAGAUUAACACCAGAUUGUUCAAAAAUGUUGAUCUCAACGUCCUCUGGAUAUCUCUUGAUUUUGCAUGAUCUUGACUUAACCAAGUCUUUAGAAGUAGGCAGCUAUCCCAUUUUGAGAGCAAGAAGAACUACAUCAAGUUCAGAUCUGACCACUUCAUCGAGUUCAUCUGGUCCUAGAGUUUCUGGUUCACCUUGUCAUCAUAAUGAUUCUAAUUCAUCUUCUGAGAAACACAUGUCAAGAGCUUCGCAAAGAGAAGGUGUUUCACCACGAAAUAGUCUUGAAGUCUUAACCCCUAAAGUUCCUGGUGAGAGAGACCGUGGAAACUGCAUUACAUCCUUACAGCUGCACCCCAAAGGCUGGGCCACUCUUCUUCGGUGCUCAAGCAACACUGAUGAUCAGGAGUGGACUUGUGUUUAUGAAUUCCAAGAAGGAGCUCCCGUGCGACCUCUCUCACCUCGCUGCUCUCUACGACUGACUCAUUACAUUGAAGAAGCCAAUGUAGGCAGGGGCUAUAUCAAAGAACUUUGCUUCAGCCCUGAUGGGCGAAUGGUUUCUUCCCCACAUGGCUAUGGGAUUCGCUUGUUGGGAUUUGACAAACAGUGCAGUGAACUUAUUGACUGUUUGCCCAAAGAAGCCAGUCCCCUGCGGGUGAUCCGUUCUCUGUACUCUCAUAAUGAUGUUGUACUGACAACAAAGUUCUCUCCAACACAUUGUCAGAUUGCCUCAGGGUGCCUUAGUGGACGGGUUUCUUUGUACCAGCCAAAGUUUUAGGCACAAAUUACAACAAAUAAGCAACUCUUCUGGUGUUUGACAUAUAAAUUACUUCAAUUUAGGUGAAGUAUUUUCUUUUUAGAUCUUAAAAGUUUGGGUCAAGAUCCUGAUUCUUGUGGGUCCAUGAACACACCUAUGACCUGAGGACUUGGUCAUCCAGCAUAACAGGGGCAUCACCAAGUUAGAUUCUAUGCAGCAUCAUCUUUUGCAGCAUUCCUCAGCUCCUGCUAAUCUGUGCCACUGAACCACAGUUCUUCUGGUCAUUUUGCAUGGUAGCUCUUGUCAAGUUUCUUUCUUUUUUCUUUUUUGAUUUUGGUGUGAAUUUUGUGAACAUUUGGCAGGAGUUUUGAUUAGGUUAGGAAUAACCCUUAACACUAGAACCAAACCCAAAAGUUUGAUGUUGGCAUACUGGUUGUUGAAAAAGAAAUUUCAUCUUCACUUAUCAGUAUACUUGGCCUUUUAAAGUUGCUGUCAUGUUUCUCAAUAAUGAGCACAGAUAAUGGCAUUAUUCUCAAAACUGUUAGAUAGUCUUGCAACAAAAUAUCUUUUUAGCUUCCUGUUAAAUUAUACAUAUUUUUUCAAGAUGAGAGGGUUUUGUUGUGAAAUUCUAGAAAAAAUAUUAUCACCUCUCUUUGUAAUUUACUUUACUCGUAUGACUUUCAAAAUCUCUAGCACAUGUCCUUACUUGGUAUUUUGUUCCUGUCAACAGCAUUAGGGAGGAAGAGGGAAGAAGGAAUGGGCUUUGGUCAUUUCUAUUGUAUAGAAGAUUAUUUAUUGUAUUAGUACACUAUCUGACCGCAGAGUGAUGAGAACAAUGUGGCUCAGAUAUUCUGUUUUCUCUGCCAGACUAUUUGAAUCACACAGGAUGACAUGUUACACUAUUGGGAUGGAGGGGGGAUCGAGAGUAAAUGUGUGUUUUAGUCAUAUUUCUUUCAUGAGCCAGGUGGCACAAGGUCACCUCUCUUAGCAUUAGUGAGAGGGAGCUGCAGUCUUCUUCAAGCUGUUGGCAUAACUGUGGUAGUCAGUGACUUGGAUGUCAAGACUAAGAGCUGAUAUGAAGACUUUUCGUUGUGUUUUAUUAUGGAGCACAGCAAGUAAAAAGCCUCAAGCAGGGCUCAAGCUCAAGGCUGACUUCUCUGUGAAAGUAAGCAGCUUUCCUCUAGUCUCCUCCACUUUGGUGUUCAGAAGGGAUUUGCCAGAGGCUAGAGUAAUUUAAGUCACAUGCUGGCCUUUUCCCUCCCUGAUCACAUUCUUUUAGGCCAGUGGUUCUCAAACAUGAGGUUACAUUAUAAUCAUUGAGGAGCUUGUGAAAAAUACAGAAAAUGCCCCUACCAUAGGAGGUUCUGAUUCUGCCAGGGAGAGGACAGGAAUCUAUUUGUAACAGGAACACCAAGUAAUCUUUAUUCAGAUGCCCCCUGGAACACUGUUUGUAAAACACUACCUAAGCAUCAGUAAACACUUUUGUACCCAUCAGGUGCUUAACACAACUCCCAAAAGGUGUUUUGAUUAUUAUUUUUUAAAUAAGUAAAUGAAAGCGAUUUUAGAGGUAGAAAAUAACAUAAAAUGGAAUCAGUCUCAUUUUUUAAGGAAUGAGAGAAGUUAAUUGACUUGUCUAAAGUUAUCCUGAAAAAUUAAUGGCACCAGGACUCAAGUUCAAAGUCUCCUAAUUCCUUGCUCAGGGCAAUUUCUACUGUAUUAUGCUGUCUGUUAAAACAAUGACUUAUGAACACUUUAUUUUGUCUUUAAGUUGUAUUAUUGUGAAUACCCUUAAACUGGCCAAGCGAUUGAAAAAGGAAGGCAUGGGAAUAGAUGCUGAGAAUUCUAGCCAUAAGAAGAAAAGUAGUUUAAAUCUUACAGAAAUGUUUAAGCAACCCAAAUCCAUGAAUAAAAAUGACUUUUUUUUUGGUAAGGCCUACCAGACAGCCAUUCACACACAUGUAUAAAGGUUACAUCUCACUUGGAAUGUUGGCUCUAGGACAAAAUUUUAAAAUUAGAUCAGUUUACAUGGAUGUUUAAAAUUUGGAAAUGUUUUAGUCAUUAAAAAAGUAUGACAAAGUACAGUGAAAACACAGGUUUGCCAUAAAAUUUAAAAAAAUACAUUUAAAAUAAAGUUUUGGAGGCAAAAACACCUACUGUUAACAGUAAAAACAAGCUACUAAGUACAAUGAUUAUAUUGAUAAUCAAAAUAAGGUUCCAUAAAUUGCCUUCCUUUUGGAGAGAGUUCCAUGUCAAAUGCUGGGCACACAUGUUGCCGAACUCUAAACUUCAGUCCAUGAUUGUUCAAUCACUAUAGAGUAUCUGUCACAUGUCAAAUAAUGUACAUACUUUACUACUUACCCUCACAGAAACCUUACAAGGUAGAUGGAUGAGCACCAAUUUACUUAGGAGGAAAUGCAGGGUCAUAAAGUUUAAAUGAUUUGCCUUAAGUCACAGAGCUGGGUGGCAUCACUGGGAUUCAAACCCAGGUCUGUCUGUUUUAGUACAAAGCCUGUGCUUAUUGCCCUACCAUUCUGCCCUUUGGUUUGUAAAGGAUGGAAUACUGGCCUGUUAAUUUACUUGUUUAGCAUCCUCUGGAAGUUCUUUAUUACAGAGCUGGCUUACCUCUGCACCAUGUAAAGGAACAUUUACAAGAUUGGCAAUUUCCAUUAGAAUUAAUACUCUAAACUGCAGAGCAUAAUACAAUCCAUUCCUAACUAAAAAAAUCUCAAGCAGGAUAUGUAGCUAUAAAAAUAGAACAACACAGAUGAGAUUUAAAAAUUAACAGCCAGCAAACUCAACAAAACAACUCUUGUUUUCUCUGAGGUAUGGUUGUUAUCAAGAAGUCAUUGGGGAUAGUAGUCAAGGAAUUAAAAGUCAUCAGGAAUGGUAAACUAUUAGAGGAAAUUACAUCUUACAAGGUCCCAUUUCACUUAGAGUAUAAAGUCUAAUCUGGGGUUUUUACUCUAGAUUUUCUUUAGUCAUUUUUAUUCAUGAUAAUUGGUAAAUGUAUUAAAAUUGGUAAUAUAGUAUAAUUAUUGGUAAGUGUAGUAUAAAUUAUACUUUGGUUUUAAAAAGCUUUCUGCAGAACAGUAUAUUUCUGACAGUGCUAUGUUGAAUGAGUUUAGGAACAUCAAAUACAUAGUAGUUCCUUAUUUUCAGGUGUGAAAAUGAAGUGCUAAAGCAAUUGGGAUCUCCAUUUUAAUCUUUGGAAAAUGUAUGUGGUUUUUUUUCUCAGAAGCCCAAAGAACAUGUAUAUUUUGACAUUUCUCCUUGUUACAUUCUGAGAAGAAGAUAUACCAAAAAUUUUAGGAAAACAAGCAAGGAAAAGGUAAAUCACACG